UGUCUCGCCCGGUGUUCGUCGGUGCCGCAGCGGCAGCAGCCGGCGGGUUAAAUGGUUGCAGCGCGGGGAUGCUGGGGAGCAACCUCAAGAACCUUCCCGACGUGGAGCUGGGCGAGGAGGAGCGCGGCUACCGGCGGGGUCCCGACGGCGGCGCGGUGAUGCCGAAGCGGGCGAAGGCGGCGGCGGCGGCGGCGGGGCCGCGGGGCGCGGAGCUGCGCGUCUUCAAGGCGAGCAGCGCGGAGGGGCGGCUGCCGGCCGGCUCCAACCUGCGCAAGCAGAAGUCGCUCACGAACCUGGCCUUCCUCACCGACGCCGAGAAGAAGCGGCAGCUCUACGAGCCCCGCUGGAGCGACGACAUGGCCAAGGCGGCGGCCCCGGGGGCGGCGGCGGCGGGGGGCGGCCGGGGCGGUGGCGGUCCCCGCGGCCGGGAGGCGCCCGCCAUGUCGCGGAGCUUGUCCCGUUCCGAGCACUCGCUGCUGCCGCCGCGCCCCGCCGGCCCCGCCAAGCCGCCGCCCGCCGGCAAACCCAGCCGCAUCCCCCGCGGGCCCUACGCCGAGGUGAAGCCCCUCAGCAAGGCCCCCGAGGCGGGCGGCGGCAAGUGCGAUGAUGAGCUGCUGGGAGGGAAGGGGCCGGCGGUGGCGGCGGGCGCCGAGGACAAACCGUACCUGAAGGUGGACCCCGAGCUGGUGGUCACGGUGCUGGGCGACCUGGAGCAGCUCCUCUUCAGCCAGAUGCUGGACCCCGAAUCCCAGAGGAAGAGGACGGUGCAGAACGUGCUGGACCUUCGGCAGAACCUGGAGGAGACCAUGUCCAGCCUGAGGGGCUCUCAGGUGUCUCACAGCUCGCUGGAGAUGACGUGCUACGACAGCGACGAGGCCAACGCGCGCAGCGUCUCCAGCCUCUCCAACCGCUCCUCGCCGCUGUCCUGGCGCUAUGGGCAGUCGAGCCCGCGCCUGCAGGCGGGGGACGCGCCGUCGGUGGGGGGCACGUGCCGCUCCGAGGGCACCCCGGGCUGGUACAUGCACGGCGAGCGGGCGCACUACUCGCACACCAUGCCCAUGCGCAGCCCCAGCAAGCUGAGCCACAUCUCCCGCCUGGAGCUGGUCGAGGCGCUGGACACCGACGACGUGGAGCUGAAGUCGGGCUACAUGAGCGACAGUGACCUGAUGGGGAAGACACUGACAGAGGAUGACGACAUCACCACGGGCUGGGACGAGAGCAGCUCCAUCAGCAGUGGCCUCAGCGAUGCCUCUGACAACCUCAGCUCCGAGGAGUUCAACGCCAGCUCCUCGCUCAACUCCUUGCCCUCCACUCCCACCGCCUCGCGCAGGAACUCGGCCAUAGCGCUACGCACGGACUCAGAGAAGCGGUCUCUGGCCGAGAGCGGGCUGAGCUGGUACUGCGAGGGUGAGGACAAGGUGCCCAAGAAGCUGGACUACGACAGCAGCAGCCUCAAGAUGGAGCACGGAUCCUCCAAGUGGCGGCGGGAGCCCUCGGAGGGUGGCGAGGAGGGGUCCAAGGGUGGGGAGCUGAAGAAGCCCGUCAGCCUGGGCACGCCGGGCUCCCUCAAGAAGGGCAAGACCCCUCCGGUGGCUGUGACAUCUCCCAUCACACACACAGCGCAGAGCACCCUCAAAGUAGCAGGCAAGCCUGAGACCAAAGCCACGGACAAGAGCAAGCUGUCUGUGAAGAGCACAGGCCUGCAGCGUUCCUCCUCUGAUGCCGGCCGUGACCGCGCUACUGAUGCCAAGAAACCACCCUCGGGUCUCACGCGCCCCUCGGCCUCCAGCUCCUUUGGCUACAAGAAACCAGCUCCUGCCACUGGCACAGCCACCGUCAUGCAGGCUGGGGGCUCGGCCACGCUCGGCAAGAUCCAGAAGAGCUCCAGCAUCCCCGUCAAGCCGGUCAGCGGGAGGAAAACGAGCCUGGACGUCUCCAACGCAGCCGAGCCCGGCUUCCUGGCCCCCGGCGCUCGGUCCAACAUCCAGUACCGCAGCCUGCCCCGGCCGGCCAAGUCCAGCUCCAUGAGUGUGACCGGUGGCCGCGGUGCCAACCGCCCGGUCAGCAGCAGCAUCGAUCCCAGCCUGCUGAGCACCAAGCAGGGCAGCAUCUCAGUGUCACGGCUCAAGGAGCCGUCCAAGGUCGGCACCGGCCGUGGCACCCCAGCACCCGUGAACCAGACGGACCGUGAGAAGGAGAAGGCCAAGGCCAAGGCAGUGGCGCUUGACUCCGAGUGCGGGACGCUGAAGAGCGUUGGCUCGCCUGAGAGCACCCCGAAAGCACAGGGCAACGUCCCACCCGCGGCCAAGGUGGCCGAGCUGCCCCCCACACCUCUCAGAGCAGCUGCCAAGACCUACGUGAAGCCUCCGUCGUUGGCCAACCUGGACAAGGUCAACUCCAACAGCCUGGACUUGCCCUCCUCCAGCGAGCUGCCGCCGCCGCACUCGGCCAAGCUGCAGGACCUGCACCCGGGCAGCGGGCACCUUGCGCCCUGCUUCAGCCCCAGUCCUGCACCCAUCCUCAACAUCAACUCGGCCAGCUUCUCCCAGGGCCUGGAGCUCAUGGGCGGCUUCAGCGUCCCCAAGGAGGGCAGGAUGUACCCCAAGCUCUCCAGCCUGCACCGCAGCAUGGAAUCCCUGCAGAUGCCCAUGAGCCUGCCCAGUGCCUUCUCCGGGGGCAGCACCACCACCCCAGCCCCUGCUGCUGCUCCCCCCACCAGCACAGAGGAGGAGGAAGAAGCAGGAGAGCUGGGCUGGAGCGGGAGCCCCCGGCUCGCACAUCUGGACAGUGCCAACCGCGACAGGAACACGCUGCCCAAGAAAGGGUUGAGGUACCAGCUCCACUCCCAGGAGGAGGCCAAGGAGCGGCGCCAUUCCCAUGCCAUCAGCAGCGGGCUGCCCGAGGCAGACGAUCAGCAGGAGCUGCCCUCGCCCCCAUCCCUCCCCAUGGCGCUGGUUGGGAAGGGGCCGCUCACCAGCAUCGUGAGCCCCACUGCCACCGCAACCCCGCGGAUCACCCGCUCCAACAGCAUCCCUACCCACGACUCCACCUUCGAGCUGUACAGCACAUCCCAGAUGGGCAGCACCCUCUCCCUGGCUGACAAGCCCAAGGGCAUGAUCCGCUCGGGCUCCUUCCGGGACCCUGUGGACGAUGUUCACGGAUCGGUGCUGUCCCUGGCCUCCAGCGCGUCCUCCACCUACUCCUCUGCUGAGGAGAAGAUGCAGUCCGAGCAAAUCCGCAAGCUGCGCCGCGAGCUGGAGUCCUCGCAGGAGAAGGUGGCCACGCUGACGUCCCAGCUCUCGGCCAACGCCAACCUGGUAGCGGCUUUUGAGCAGAGCCUGGUGAGCAUGACAUCCCGCCUGCGGCACUUGGCUGAGACCGCUGAAGAGAAGGACACGGAGCUGCUGGACCUGCGGGAGACCAUUGACUUCCUGAAGAAGAAGAACUCAGAGGCCCAAGCUGUGAUCCAGGGUGCCCUGAAUGGCACUGAUGUCACCCCCAAAGAGCUGCGUAUCAAGCGGCAGAACUCCUCUGACAGCAUCUCCAGCCUCAACAGCAUCACCAGCCACUCCAGCAUCGGCAGCAGCAAGGACGCCGACGCCAAGAAGAAGAAGAAGAAGAGCUGGCUGCGCAGCUCCUUCAACAAAGCCUUCAGCAUCAAGAAGGGACCAAAAUCAGCCUCGUCGUACUCCGACAUCGAGGAGAUCGCCACGCCGGACUCCUCGGCCCCCUCUUCCCCCAAGCUGCAGCACGGCUCCACGGAGACCGCCUCGCCCUCCAUCAAAUCCUCCACAUCCUCCUCCAUGGGCAUCGACACAACGGAGUAUGUGGGGCCGGGCAGGGCUGUGCACAGGGGCUGCAGGCUCCUGCCCUGGACGUGUGCACCACUCUCGUCUCUCUCUUGGUCCAGGCUUUUCCAGGCCCAUGGGGAGGGCGAGCCCGAGAAGAAGGAGGUGUCGGAGCUGCGGUCGGAGCUGUGGGAGAAGGAGAUGAAGCUGACGGACAUCCGCCUGGAAGCCCUCAACUCAGCCCACCAGCUGGAGCAGCUCCGGGAGACCAUGCACAACAUGCAGCUGGAGGUGGAUCUCCUGAAGGCUGAGAACGACCGGCUCAAAGUGGCUCCGGGACCCUCGGCGGUGCCAGGCUCCGUUCCCGGCCAUGUCACGAGCUCAUCAGCCUCCUCCUCACCGCGGCGUUCCCUGGGUCUCACCCUUGGCCAUGCCUUCAGCCCCAGCCUGGGGGACUCAGAUGUGUCCCCCAUGGACGCCGUCAGCGCCGGCGCCCAGAAGGACGAGCUGAUGCUGCGGAUCGUGGUGCGCAUGCCACCCCAGCACAUCAUCAAGGGGGACCUCAAGCAGCAGGAAUUUUUCCUGGGCUGGACCAAGGUGAGCGGGAAGGUGGACUGGAAGAUGCUGGAUGAAGCUGUCUGCCAGGUCUUCAAGGAUUACAUCACCAAGAUGGAUCCUGCUUCCACGCUGGGGCUCAGCACCGAGUCUGUCUAUGGGUACAGCAUCAGCCACAUCAAGCGGGUGCUGGACACGGAGCCCCCAGAGCUGCCGCUGUGCCGCCGGGGCCUGACCAGCAUCGUGGUGACGCUCAAGGGCUUGAAGGAGAAGUGCGUGGACAGCCUGGUGUUCGAGACGCUCAUCCCCAAGCCCAUGAUGCAGCAUUACAUCAGCCUCCUGCUGAAGCACCGGCGCCUCAUCCUCUCGGGCCCCAGCGGCACCGGCAAGACCUACCUGACCAACCGCCUGGCCGAGUACCUGGUGGAGCGCUCGGGUCGGGACGUCACCGAGGGCAUCGUCAGCACCUUCAACAUGCACCAGCAGUCCUGCAAGGACCUGCAGCUGUACCUCUCCAACCUGGCCAACCAGAUCGACCGGGAGACGGGCACGGUGGACGUGCCGCUGGUGAUCCUCCUGGAUGACCUCAGCGAGGCGGGCUCCAUCAGUGAGCUCGUCAAUGGCGCACUCACCUGCAAGUACCACAAAUGCCCCUACAUUAUUGGGACCACCAACCAGCCUGUGAAGAUGACUCCAAACCACGGCCUCCAUCUCAGCUUCAGGAUGCUGACCUUCUCAAACAACGUGGAGCCGGCCAACGGCUUCCUGGUGCGCUACCUGCGGCGGAAGCUGCUGGAGUCGGACACGGAUGUCAACGCCAACAAGGAGGAGCUGCUGCGCGUGCUGGACUGGGUGCCCAAGCUCUGGUACCACUUGCACACCUUCCUGGAGAAACACAGCACCUCCGACUUCCUCAUCGGUCCUUGCUUCUUCCUGUCGUGUCCCAUUGGAAUUGAGGAUUUCCGGACCUGGUUCAUCGACCUGUGGAACAACUCCAUCAUCCCUUACCUGCAGGAGGGAGCAAAAGAUGGGCUCAAGGUCCAUGGGCAGAAGGCAGCCUGGGAGGACCCCGUGGAGUGGGUGCGGGACACCCUGCCCUGGCCGUCAGCGCAGCAGGACCAGUCCAAGCUGUACCACCUGCCCCCCCCCACCAUCGGGCCCCACAGCACCGUUUCCCCUCCCGAGGAGCGCACUGUCAAGGACACGACACCCAGCUCCCUGGACUCGGACCCUCUGAUGGCCAUGCUGCUGAAGCUCCAGGAAGCCGCCAACUACAUCGAGUCUCCAGACCGUGAGACCAUGGUGGACCCCGACCUGCAGUCGACUCUGUGAGGCCGGGACGUGCCGGCCCCCGCUCCCGCCGGGCUGCUCUCCCUUCCCUUUGGUGUGCGGGAGCGCGGGGCUGGUGCGCGGGGGAGCUGGGUCCGGAGGGCGCGAGGCGCAUCCCCGCUCCCGGCCCGGGGGCAGGAGGAUCCUGGUUUCUCAUUGGGUUUGUUCUGUCUCUUGCCUGCUCUCGGCUCUGGGGCCGGGAGCCGCAGGGAGGGCUCCGUGUGGGGCAGGCCCCCCGCGGGAGCUGAAGCUGGGGCGCAGGGCAGCGUGCGGCCACAGGACAGGAGGGGGGGGGGGCUCCCGCUCCAUCCACCCGGCCCUGGGUACCCAAGGGCAAGCGCCGCAUCCGUGCCCUGUUUCACCCCCCCAUGGCGCCGCCGCGGCCAGGACAGCCCAAUAAACCCUGGUUAUUUUAUUU